CAAAAUGUCACACAGGUAAUUUAUUUACAGACGGUUGAUAAAAAUGUUCCUUGAAUACAAUAAAAUAAAUGAAGUUAUUGUCCCGUAUUAACAAAAAUAGCUUUUCAGCUCCGUGUCAGAGAUACACCUGAAAAAGUAUCUCAUGUGACAACCAAACCUUCCUAGUGGUUCAGGCCACCAUUUUCCUUAUUGCAAUUAGUGACCUGAAGCCUUUUAAUUAAAAAAAAAAAAAAGAAGAAAAGAAGUUUCAAUCAAGUCAAUUUUAUUAAUAUAGCCUGACAUCACAUAUACAGCAAGUGAUGCCCUCUUACUAGAAAUACUGUCAAAAUAAUCAUACCUCCACCAUGGAGGAUAUGUGGUCAGUUGUGGUUGUCUGUUUAUUUUGUCUGUGUGUGUGCGUGUGUGUGUGUGUUUAUCAAACUCAUUUCAGUUGAAACUCGGUGGAAGGGUGGAGUAUGAGCUAAUCAAAAAAAAACCUGUAAACCUGAUCCAAAUGAGGGUGGAUACAGCAUAAAUAUUUCAAGACAGGGUGUGGGCCCUUCAGAGAGCAUCAUUACAAAAGCAAUAAAAACACUGAUAAGAGGAGAUUGUGAGACUGAAAUUUUGAAAUGAAAAACAUUCAAAUUGAUUCUAGUACGGUCACAUGUACAGUAUGUGCUGUCGGAGCACUUUCCAGUCUGUUACAUGUAAAGGUUCUAUAUGUAGGAAAUGUAUUAUACUAUACACAGACAAAACGAGUGUCAUAUGUUUAAAAUACUGUUAACGAUGGUGCAGCCAGUAUAUUCAUGAAAUAAAAUUCCAUUUGGGGGCCCACAAAACGCAACUUGCAGCGAACCUGAUGCCGAACCUAAAAAGCCUCACUACCCCUCUCAAAACAUCUCAACAGAUAGCCUGCAGUUGGAGAUGCGUUCAAAUACAGACGGCUCAGCGCAGAAGAAGCUGAUGAGGGACCAGAUGCAUCAGACAUGCUGGUGUGGUUACUUGGAUACUCCUGGACAAGGUAGCAACAGGGAGCUUCAGCCAAGGUGAGUGGUGCUUCACUUCAAAAGAAUCCACCGUGCUCUGACAGUGAUGCUGUGUCGCAGCCUUCCGCUCUGUCUGCGCCCCUCGUUCUCACGUGAGGCCCAUGUGACCUAGCCUACGCCGACACACAGGGGGCCCCUGCUGUCGCUGGAGCCCACCCAUGAAUCCCAGCCCCGAUCGCAGCAAAGAGUGCCUCCCUCCCAAGAAGAGGGAGUCUCGCCAAGGAUCGGUGGAACACCAAAUUACUUUGGACGAAUUCAAACCUCCUGUGCCGGUCCGAAGUCGGCCCAGCACAGGCAGAGGGGAAGGAAGCAGGGAAGCCAGUGAAAGGGACCGAGCUUUGACAAACCCAAACCCACACCUCCUCCACACCCCUCCAUCUCUUCCUGCCCCUGCACCAUGCCUCCCUCUGUCCUUACCGUGGCACCUGAGCUACUCUCCCUCAAUCUCGCUUCCCCUUUUCCCUGGACAGGUCCGUGAGAGGAGGGGCUCAGGUUCUCCUGCUUGGAAAGAUGAUCCUCUCUCCUCUCCACUGCCUCACUCCUCUAGGUGGCUUAGAGGUGAGGGUUCCCUCUCCUUGCCACCUUCAUCCUCUUCCUCGCCUGCUUCCUCGUUUAAGACUCCCUUUCCAGCCGAUUCUAGAGAGAUGUGGUCCUACGUCAACAGUGGCCGUCGGGACUACAGUUCUUCUCUCUUUUCCCCGUCAUACUUGUUUAGCCACCCUUCUCUCUACCCCCAUGACCCGAACUUAGUUGAAGCCAGACACAGGUACUUGGGCAAGAGGCCCAAUGGCCUGGAUGGGCCAGGCAGCAGGACUGUCUCAAACUCCAGGCCUCUGCUCACAGGAGAAUAUGAAAGCAGCAGAACCAGGAUGGACUUUAGUCCACACAGCUCCCAUACCAAUGGUGGACGCAGACAUCACGAGGAUCCAACAUCCAGUGUCCUAUCUGGAGAGACAUUUUUGUCAGACUCGCACACUCAGGAGGACCCUGACCCACAUUCCUCACUGCAGGACAGACAUCCACAUGGUUUAGUUAAGACAAGUUCGAAUUUACUCUGCACCAGUCCCCAUCCCCUUGGACCAGACUCCAGGGCAGGUAGAGGGGGACUGAUGGACCCCCUAGGGGCCACACCAGCUGAGGCCCAGAUCUACUACUCUUUGGGCUCAGCGCACCACCCCACUCCUCAAACCUACCCCCACUAUAGCCCCUCAGGAACACCUAUGUACAACCUGCACAGGGAGCCAGGCCCCAGGCAGCACAAUCUAAGGAACUCACCUCACUCACCCCUGGGUCCUCCUAACAGCCAUGACAGGUUACAAAGGGACAGGGAAAGAGACCAAGAAAGAGACAGAGAAAAAGUCCUACACAGGGAGAGAGGUAAAGACAAAGAGAAGCACGUACAACAUGACAAAGACCAAGAAAGGGACAGAGAGCGCGAGAGACGACGGGACAGAGAAAGGGACAGAGGGAGAGAGUCAUCUCCUUGCCAUCUUCAGCCCUCGCCCCCAGACCCUCACCCAUCCCCCAAUGCGCUCCUACCUCACUUCACCAAGGGUUCUCUGAUCGAGCUGGCCAGUGGGCGGCUGAAGCGAGUGGAGGAGCUGCGGACCGAGGACUUCCUGAGGAGUGCGGACACAUCCUCGGAGUUCCACCUCAGCACCUGCACCGUGCUGCUAAUUUCGCCCAGCAGUACACGGGGUUUCAGCCACCUGCAGGUCCACCUCACAGACCGCAACACUCAGGAGUUACUGAAGGUCUUGGCGGAGUAUCCGUUCUUUGUGCAGGACCGAGGCUGGUCUUCUUGCUGUCCUCAGAGAACCACGCAGCUGUAUGGCCUGCCAUGCCGCCAGCUCAUGGAGGGGGACGUCUGCCUGGCUCUCACCCCCGCACCCGCUCAAAGCCAUCGGACACAUGUGCGCACGAGCUCCCGGGCCCACCGCACGCAGUUUUCCUCCAGGGUCAUGGGAGAGUCCAGCGGCUCACACAGGGAGGAGAUGCCACCGCCACCCCCUCCUCCCCCUCUUCUUCACCACCCUCCCCCCACCGCGCCGGCACCUCCACGCACUCUGGCCGCUCAAGAGCAGCCGCAGCCGCAGCCACGUCCGCGCAAGCGCCGCUGGUCUGCCCCCGACACACUUCCCGCAACCGGAACUGAUGGAAGUCUCCUGGAUUUACCUCAUGGCUCCAAGCUAAUGAAGUGGCAGUAGGAACUUGCACGUGCACACUGACACACACACACACACACACACCCUCCUUGUCUCUGUUGCACCCAUGAAGACAAACAAUGGAGAGACCUCAAGGUAGGGUUGCAGGGAAGGAAUAAAAAAAUGAAAUCUAAAUAUAUAUAUAUAUAUAGAAAAUGCAGUUUACGGGUGUUCACACUGAAGGAUCCGUGGAAGGAUCUGUGGGAGGCUCCUUACAGACGCACUGAAGACUUUUUAGUGAGACAAUCAAGCACUUGUCCGUGUUCACUCUGUUUUUGUAACGAUAGUUCCACACACUUAAUUGCUGACAGUGUUUUCUGCAGGGUAUCAUCUUUCAGUCAGAGUCAUGGAAGUAAACGCUAUUGGAAGAAGUGCAGAUAUAUAUAUAUAUGAACAAUAUUUGACUAUAAAUAUAUAUAUAUAUAUACAGAUGUUAUAUAUACAGUAAAUAUGCUAAACAGAUUUAAUGCAAUCUCUCCUCCCCCAACGCAUUUUUCUUUCCUCUCUCUUUUAUUUUCCUCGCUUCUGAGCCGACGUCGAUGCGUGUCUAUCGGCUCCGGGUAAUAAAAAAAACAAAAAAGGCAAAGUGAAUGUAUGAGCAACUCUUUCGCCUUCUUUCAUCCUCGUCACUGGGAGUCAUUUCAAAUCGGUCGUUCAUCAAGGCAUUACCCUCCAAUAUGUUCUUAACAUUGUUUCUGAGAAAGGGAGAACACUAAUGAAAAUUGCGUAACAGACAAUCCCACCCACACAGACGGGUCUGUGCCACGUCGUCCUGACACACAUGGUGUUUUUCCAUUAAAAACCGAAUAAUGGAAAGAGCAAAAAAAAAAACAAGUGCAGUCUGGCUGAGGAGUAUUGGUGCUAAUAACACGUUGGAACAUGAUGCUUUGUGAAUACUCUCGACCCCUGUGUACUGUACGCUUCUGUUCCCAUCUCGUUUUUUUGUUUUGUUUUUUUUAUGUACUGUAUAAUGUUUCGAGGGCAGGGAAAAACAAUGAAAGUAUUUUAAACUCAGAUACGGGUAUCUCCUUUGAUUCAGCACACUCUUUCACUUUAGUUUUGAGUUUGUUUUUUUAUUUUCCAAAAAAAAAAAAAAA